AGAUUCUUCGAUGUUGAAUGUCAAGUGUCAAGCUAAGCUAACGUAAUGACAACAUUAUUUGUAUUUUGUUACUUUUGUAAAUGAUAAUUGUAUUUUAUUGUGUUAAAUUAGUUGUAAUGUGCUAUAACGCGUUGAUAUGACGAUCCUACGCAACACAGUGAAUCAAUCAUGCUCCCACAGGCUGAAACAGAUGUUAGUUUGGAAGAGAAAGUGUCAUGUGAAAUCGGGGAGUCGCCUUCAGUGAUGUGGAUGAGGUCGAUUGUGCAAGCGAAGGCUGGACACACGCGCGCCACGGCCGCCCCGGCCCUGGCGCUCGCCCUCGCCGUGUUCAUUGCGCUGUGUGGCGCGGGGCGCGGCGCGGACCUGGUGAUCGAGAUCCCGGGCUGGGGCGGCGCGGGCGACGCGGAGGGCGCGCACUACCGGCUGGACUACCGGCCGCCGCAGGGCUCGCCCGCGCCCAACUUCACGGUGCCCGCGCGUGCCUCCACCAUCAACUUCCAGGGCCUGCCCGGCACCAAGUACCACUUCAUGCUCUACUACUCCAACGCCACCUUCGCCGACCUGCUCACCUGGAACCAGACCAUCAUCACAGCGCCGGAGCCGCCGACCAACUUGACGGUGACGCUGGGCCGCAACAAGCAGGCCACCAUCUCGUGGGCGCCGCCCGCGCACGGCGACUACACCGGCUUUCGUUUCAAGGUGAUCCCGCUGACGGAGCGCGCGGAGGGCGGCGCGCGCAACGUGACGCUGGAGGGCGCGGGCAACUGGUCGCACGUGCUGCGCGACCUGUCGCCCGGCGCCACCUACCAGCUGCACGCCUUCACGCUGCUGCACGACAAGGAGAGCGCCGCCUACGCCUCCUUCAACUUCACCACCAAGCCCAACACGCCGGGCAAGUUCAUCGUGUGGUUCCGCAACGAGACCACGCUGCUGGUGCUGUGGCAGCCGCCCUACCCGCCCGGCGCCUACACGCACUAUAAGGUGUCCAUCGAGCCGCGCGACGCGCGUGACUCGGAGCUGUACGUGGAAAAGGAGGGCGAGCCGCCCGGGCCGGCGCAAGCCGCCUUCAAGGGGCUGGUGCCGGGCCGCGCCUACAACAUCAGCGUGCAGACCGUGUCCGACGCGCAGCUGUCGGCGCCCACCACGGCGCAGUACCGCACCGUGCCGCUGCGCCCGCGCAACGUGUCCGUCGACCCCGCGCUGCGCUCCGAGACCGCCUUCCGCGUCACCUGGCUGCCGCCCGCCGAGCAGAGCGAGUUCGAGAAGUACCAGAUAUCCGUGUCGGCGGGCGGCGCGGGCGCGCGGCGCCUGCCGCCGCAGCUGCGCUCGCGCGACGAGCCGCCGUACUGCUCGUUCGAGGGGCUGGAGCCCGGCGCGCACUACGCCGUCACCGUCAAGACCAUGUCCGGCAAGGUCACGUCGUGGCCCGCCGCCGCCGACGUCACGCUCAAGCCGCUGCCGGUGCGCGAGCUGCACGCGCGGCGCGCGGAGGGCGCGGAGGGCAGCGGCGUGCUGCUGUGGUGGACGCCGGCCGAGGGCAGCACGCAGGACGAAUACAAGGUGUCGUACCACGAGACGGGCCCCUCGCGCGACGACAGCAACUCGCUGACCACGCCGCGCACCAACGCCACGCUGGAGGCGCUGCUGCCCGGCCGCAACUACACCGUGAGCGUGGCGGCCGUGUCGCGCGGCGUGGCCUCCGACGACGCCGUCACGGCCGUGGCCACGCGCCCGCUGGCGCCCGCGCUGCGCGCCGCCGCGCCGCAGCAGCGCGCGCUGCGCCUCGCCUGGAGCUCCGACGUCAACUCGCGCCAGGAGCGCUACGAGCUGCGCUUCCGCCGCCGCGGCGCCGAGCCCGCGCGCCUGCUGGACACGGCCGCCACCAACGCCACGCUCGACGACCUGCUGCCCGGCGCCGUCUACGAGAUCCAGCUGGCCGCCGUCAGCCACGGCCUGCGCAGCGAGCUGCACACCGUGCUCAAGCCCGUGCGCCCGCUGCCGCCCGAGUGGCUGGCCGUGGAGCGCGCCACGUCCAACUCGGUGCUGCUGCGCUGGCGCGGCCCCAGCGACGGCCUGGUGGGCGCCUACUCCGUGCGCUACGGGCCCGUGGACGCGCCCGCGCGCCGCCUCGACCCGCUGCCUCCCACCGCCGACCACGCCGAGAUCACGAACAUGACCCACGGCGAGCGCUACAGCAUCCAGCUCGACACGCUGAGCGAGGACGCGGCCGGCGAGAGCGUGGACAGCGGCCAGCCGCUCAGCGCGCACCACACCGUCCGGCCCAACCCCGUGUCCAACGUGGCGCAGCUGGCCGACACGCGCAACGUGACGCUGGAGUGGCCGCGCCCCGCCGGCCGCGUGGAGUGGUACCGCGUGCGCUGGUGGGAGGCGGAGGGCGAGGCGGACGCACCCGACGCGCCCGACGCGGCGCAGCAGCGCGACGUGGCGGCGGGCGAGGGCCGCGCGGCGCGCGUGCUGCUGGGCGCGCUGCAGCCGGGCCGCGGCUACGCGCUGUCCAUCGCCGCGCACUCCUACAACCUGUCCAGCGAGCUGUUCACCAUGCACACGAGGACACGGCCGCUGAUCCAGUCGGAGAUGACCAUCGUGAACGAGUCUGACGACGACCGCAACGACACGCUGCCGGCCAUCCGGGUGCUGUACACGCGCACGCCGGCCGCGGCGACGCGCUUCGACGCGUACCGCUUCCGGCUGGAGGGCGGCGACGAGCCCGCGCGCUGGCAGACGCGCGCCGCCGACGCCGCCGACCAGCAGGUGGAGUUCUCGGGGCUGGUGCCGGGGCGGCUGUACAACCUGACCAUGUGGACGGUGUCGCGCAACGUGACGUCGCACCCCGUGCAGCGCCAGGCGCGCCUGUUCCCGCGCCCUGUGGCCGCGCUGCGCGCCGAGGCGGCGGGCGCGCGCUCCGUGGCGCUGGCGUGGCCGCGCCCGCCCGGCGACUACACGGACUUCGAGCUGCAGUGGCUGGCGGCGGCCGACACGCUGGAGGCGCGCACCACGGCGCAGCUGGCGCUCACCGUGGACGGCCUGCGCCCCUACACCGACUACACGUUCAGCGUGGAGGUGCGCUCGGGCACGCCCGCCACCAUCCUCACGCGCUCGGCGGCGCGCUCCGCCUCCGUGCGCACGCUGGAGGCGCCGCCCGCCGCGCCCUCGCGCUUCCAGCCCGCCGACACCAAGCCCGCGCAGAUCGCGUUCACGUGGGAGCUGCCGCCGCGCGACGCGCACGGCGUGCUGCGGCGCUUCGUGCUGGAGUACUUCCCGCCCGACGACCCCGCCGCCGCGCGCCGCCUCGAGUUCCCGCCCGAGGCGCGCGAGGGCACCGUCACUGGGCUGACGGCGGGCGCGGAGUACGAGUUCCGGCUGGUGGCGGAGUCGGGCGCGGGCGCGGGCGCGGCGGCCACGUGGCGCGCGCGCACCGCCAUCGCCGCGCCGCCGCGCCCGCGCGCGCUGCCGGCCGCCGUGCGCCGCAGCGCCAGCACCGUCACGGUGCGCUUCCGCGCCGACGACUUCUCGCCCGCCAACGGCAACGUCACGGCCUACGCGCUGGUGGUGGCCGAGGAGCCGCGCGAGGCGCCCGCGCGCCUGCCCACGUGGCGCGACGUGCAGCGCCUGCCCGUGUGGCCGCCCUACCAGGUGUCGGAGCCCUACUACCCGUUCCGCGGCGGCUCGGUGGAGGAGUUCACGCUGGGCUCGGAGCGCUGCGAGGGCGGCGCGCGCUACUGCAACGGACCGCUCAAGCCGGGCACGCGCUACUACGUCAAGCUGCGCGCCUUCACCGCGCGCGACAAGUUCACCGACACCGCCUACGCCGUCGUCUACACCGAGGCCGACCACACGGCCUGGAUCGCGGGCGGCGCCGUGGCGGGCGCGCUGCUGCUGGCGCUGGCGGCGGGCGCGCUGCUGCUGCGCCGGCGCCGCGCCGCGCCCGCGCCCGCCGCGCCCGCCGCCAGCCGCCCCGUGCGCGUGGCCGACUUCGCCGAGCACUACCGGCGCAUGGCGGCCGACUCCGACUUCCGCUUCAGCGAGGAGUUCGACGAGCUGAAGCACGUGGGGCGCGAGCAGCCGUGCGCGGCGGCCGACCUUCCCGUCAACCGGCCCAAGAACCGCUUCACCAACAUCCUGCCGUACGACCACUCGCGCUACAAGCUGCAGCCCGUGGACGACGAGGAGGGCAGCGACUACAUCAACGCCAACUUCGUGCCCGGCCACUCCAGCCCGCGCGAGUUCAUCGUGACGCAGGGCCCGCUGCACUGCACGCGCGACGACUUCUGGCGCAUGGUGUGGGAGUCGGGCAGCCGCGCCGUGGUGAUGCUGACGCGCUGCGUGGAGAAGGGCCGCGAGAAGUGCGACCGCUACUGGCCCUACGACACGCGGCCCGUGCUGUACGGCGACAUCGCCGUCACGGCGCUCAACGAGAGCCGCUACCCCGACUGGACCGUCACGGAGCUGGCCGUGAGCCGCGGCGCCGAGCAGCGCGUCGUCACGCACUUCCACUUCACCACGUGGCCCGACUUCGGCGUGCCGUCGCCGCCCACGGCGCUGGCGCGCUUCGUGCGCGCCUUCCGCGAGCGCUGCCCGCCCGCCGCCGACGCGCGCCCCGUCGUGGUGCACUGCAGCGCGGGCGUGGGCCGCUCGGGCACCUUCAUCACGCUGGACCGCGCGCUGCAGCAGCUGGCCGCGCACGCCGACACGCUGGACAUCUUCGGCAUGGUGCACGCCAUGCGGCGCGAGCGCGUGUGGAUGGUGCAGACGGAGCAGCAGUACAUCUGCAUCCACCAGUGCGUGCUGGCCGCGCUCGAGGGCGCCGACCUGGCGCCGCCGCCGCCCGCCAACCACCACCACAACGCCGCCUUCGAAGACGACGAGGGCAUCGUGGAGUCGGGCAUGUGAGCCGCCGCCAGCCGCCAGCCGCCAGCCUCCACCGCAGCGCGCGAAGCCCGCUGACGCGACCCGCGUCGCGUCGCGGGCGAGCCUGAGCGCCACGCACUCUAUAACGAUGUGUACGUGUGCACUCACACAGACAGCCGUACGGUCUUCUUGAAAUUGAUCUGAAGAGUAAUUAAAUAACAUCCGUUAGGUCAAUUUUUUCCUAUAAAAUGUAGCCUAUGUCACCCAGAGCUUUACGACGAAUCGAUUAACACCUCAUUCAUCAAAAUCGGCUCAGUAGUUUUGGCGCUACGGUGGAACACACAGAAUCUGUAUACAAACAUACAUACAUACAAAGACUGCUAAAAUCAUAACCCUUCCUUUUGACUUUGCCGCAGUUGGGUGAAAAUACUCCUAAAAGGAGCAUUCCUAACACAAAUUGUUGACCUAGCCUGACAGGUUUAAAACUAGUGCUGUCCUUAUUAGUUUUAGACCUGUUGAUAAAUUAAUAUCUGCCACUGCAGCCCUGUGGGCAGGUCGUUUUUUGCAAAACUUUGUUCCACAUAGUUCAGUUGUGCUAGUAUGACAUUUUACAUGACCCAACGAUGAUAGAAUUCGAGAUCGAAACAAUAAUGUCAGAAUAAAAUGGGCCUAAAGACCCUUGAGUUAAAGUAGAAAAACCGGCCAAGUGCGAGUCGGACUCGCGCACCGAGGGUUCCGUACUCGGGUAUUUUUUGACAUUUUGCUCGAUAAAUCAAAAACUAUUAUGCAUAAAAAGAAAUAAAAAUCUGUUUUAGAAU